UCCGCCAAGAUGCUUUUAAAAAUGAAUUGCAUUUUAUUUUGUAAAGCGGAAGUCAGAACGUUAUCCUGGAUAUGACGUGGAGGUGAGAAAGCCUUUCGGACAGAGUGGAGGGGCGUUCGUUAUGUCUGUGUUAUGUUCAGUGUAUGGAGUGUUCAUUCUUAGCUGCAGCUGAAGCUCCGGCAAACACAGCGUGGAUCUCUAACACAAACAUGGCCGCUUCUGCGAUAAACAAGAAGAAUUACAGCGAUUCCACGACGACAGACGCUCUCAAAAGCGAAGAGGAUUCCCUGCCGCUAUGUCGCGAAAUUAUAAAACCCACCAUCAGUGAGCUGACCAAAGAAGUGAGGAAAAACAUCCUCUGCACAGUGGAAGGAUGCGGGAAGAUUCUUCCCAACACACCUGCAUUGAACAUGCAUCUUGUUAAAUCGCACAGAAUAAAGGAUGGCAUCAUCAAUCCUACAGUCCGAAAGGACAUGAAGGCCUCUCAGAAAGUUUACUGUUGUCCUGUGGAAGGUUGUCCAAGAGGACCUAACAGACCCUUCUCCCAGUUCUCCCUUGUUAAGCAACACUACAUGAAGAUGCACGCCGAAAAAAAGCACAAGUGUUCCAAGUGCAGUAAUGGCUACAGCACAGAAUGGGACUUGAAAAGACACAUAGAAGACUGUGGGAAGACCUACCAGUGUACAUGUGGCUGCCCUUAUGCUAGCAGGGCAGCUUUACUGUCCCACAUUUACAGGACAGGUCAUGAAAUUCCGUCAGAGCACAGAGUUCCUCCAGUAAAGAAGCGCAAAAUGGAGAAAUUAUUGAGUGGCUCUGAAAAGGUUAAGACAAAUGAUUUUCCCAACUCCAUAGUGCCUGCUAUGAAAGAGCAUGCAGAGACUACUCUCCCUACUGACUCAACUGCACACACUCCUGAUCCACUGAACCAGAGCUCCACCGCCAAUAGAAGCCUUCAGAAGUUUCUCCUACCUAAACCCAGGAUGACUUUGGUCAGUUUUCCUGUCAUGCAGCUGGCUCACCUGCCUGUCCUCGUUCCCUCUACUGAAAGUGGCCCUCUGAGGUCUGUGGUUCUUGCCGUCGACAGCCAGUGUUCUGUCAGUACCCUUCAGCUCCUGCCACACACUGCAGAGGAUGUCAAUGCAAAAAGUGCUUUUAAGGAAAGCAAGACAGCUUGCUUCUCUAACCAAGGUCCCAUUAGUACAGGGGUGCAGGUGAAUCUGAAAGCUGUGAACGCAAACGAUUUAGCCUGCAGCAUGGCUGCACAGCAAAGAGGGGGCUCUUCCACCGACAUCCAAAGAGACAAGUCCAUCUUGUCGAGAAUGCCGACAGAGGGUGAGGAAGGAAUGGAGUUUAGUGGUCUUGUUGAGCCCUCCGUUUCAUCUUUCUCUCAAACGGACAUUAGUGUGAGUGCCCAGAUUCUCCUGCCAGUCAGUGUUCAAACUCAGACCUUCUUCUUUCCAGCCAAAGCCAAGUCUUCGAUUGGAGCUCAAACAGACAGUCAGACAGCCAAACUCCCUCUUCAGACUCCGUCUUCAACAAUGCUCCCAUACAAAACCAGGCAGACACAGACACACUUUUCUAUACCACAGUUGGAGGAGAAGGUUCAAGACCCGGCUGUUAUGUGCUCUGACCUCUUGGGUUUUGACUCCCAGAGUGUUUCCACCCAAACAACCCUAGAUCUCGAUGAGUCCCUGGGGACAUCAGGCAGCACCAUAUAUCAGGACUCCAAGUCAGUGGGCGGCAUGAGUUUUGGGGUGCAGACGCAAGAGCUUAGCUCAAGCAACAUGGCUGACAACCAGACCCAAACGAUGACUCUGUUAAAUGACCUGGAAAACAUUCUGUCUGGUAGCAUGACGGGCCACCACGCCCUUACGGAGGCCUCCACCGUCUGUGGCUCAGGCCUCUCCUCUGUUCAGGAGCAGCACACUGGAAUAGAGUUUGACUUUGAGGAGUUCCUCAAUGCUGUCCACAUUCAUACACAAACGGAAGAGAGCGAACUCGGCGGGCUGUCUGGGGACUCCCCUCUAGAAUCUCUGGACAUUCAAACACAGACGGAUUUUUUCCUCAUGAAUGAGUUGGACCAAAGUGAUGGAUCAACCCGACCUCAAGCCAGUGACCUGGAACUGUUCGACACUCAGACUCAGACUGAUCUCAAUUUCCUGCUAAAUUCUGGAAGUAACUUACCUUUGAGCACCCUUUUGCGACAUUCAAGCUUUUCUAUUAGCACAGAGUCCUCAGACACUGAAACACAGACUGAUCUUCCUGCAUUUGCAACAGGUACUCAUUUGCAGACCCACGUAGGUCAGGGUGAGCAUGUCAGGCUGUUAAACAGCACAGAGACUCAGACAGUAACCAGGCAGGCAGAAGGCUUAGGACACCUCUUUCUGACCAGCAAUGAAACGCAGACGGUCAUGGACGACUUCCUGUCUGCGGACAUGGCGUGGAACAUGGAUUCUCACUUAAGCUCUGUAGAAACUCAGACAUGUGAGGAGCUGUGUGCUCUCUUUCAGCACCCAGACAAACCCAACAGUUGAAAUUCCUCCCGAUAUGGGUUUCUGAGUCUUUGCAGUGUAGUCUGCCUUUUAGAUGACCGAUAGGUCUCAUCUGUGCUAUGAAAGACCACAGUCUUGGUAAAAGGAAGUCUGCCAUAAGAUGUUUCUAACCAUUCCAUAAUGCCCAGAGCUUUUCCUGACCGUUCAGCUGCACUUUAUUCGCUCAGUGGGCAUGAUUUCUCCGCUCUUGUGACAGUUUACAUAUUUAUUGCACAUAAAGUAACAUUGUGUGUGUGUGGACAGUUAUUUUGAACCUAAAUGUUUUAGUGUAUAACCACUGUGACUGAUUUGUACCGUUUAGUCUUACUAGCAGUCAUGUAAAUGACAUUUCAUAAAUGUUAGACCUGCUUAUCAAUGGAGUGACUUCCUUGGCCGUAUUUAUCUGUCAAAAAAAAAGAAAACUAGUCAAACUGUUACGGUAUGUGAUAGUUUUUCAUGUUAUCUUGUCUGCACAUGUUUACUAUGCAAUAUUGGAUAUUUAGUUUCUAAAUGAGAGGAAUACGUAGGACACAGACACAGCACCUGUUCCCUUCAUGACUGACUCUUAACAAUAGAUUUAACAAUAGAUUUAACAAUAGACUGCUCAACUUUAAAAAUAAAUUAAAAAAGACGAGCUGUCUCUUAGAUAAAGCAGGCCUUCUAACAGCAGACUUUUGCUCAUAACUGUUACCUCUGGGAUCCAUGUGUAGAUGUGGCACAGGCUAAGGUUUUUGGUUGUUGCACAUCUUUUUCCUUCAUUGUGGUUGUGAAGUCUGUGUGUGCGGGCUUCAAGCAAUUCAAGAGCAGAAUGGGGCAAGCCUCUCCUCAACUUGACUUAUUCAUAAGCUGAGUGUAAGUGUAUACACCAGCAGCACCGUUAGCUUGAUUUAACAAUGUUACUGUGUUGUAGCACAAUGAUUAGCAGGUGGCUUAUUUAUUCAUUAGAUGUUAGUCAUCCGAAAGGUGUCCUGUUGAAUUUUGUUUUCCUUAUGAGAACAGUGUUUCAAUGGAAGCCAACUGGCUUUAGUUGAACUUGAGUUGCAUCCUGGUACAAUGUUCAACAAAAGAUUCAGCUUCAGAAUUGUCUUGUUUGUAAUUGAUCAAAGGUAACUUUUGUCUUUGCCCGUGCCUUGAUCAGAAUAUUUUCGUUGGUUCUUCUACACAGACUUUUGUCUUGGAAAUGUUUUGUAAUUCUUGAAGAAUAUCCGUGUUGUCUCAAUGCAUGUUGGCAAACUCUGAAAAACCAUUUCCGUAAUGAUUGCAUGAAAUGUAGGAAUGUCCUCGUUUGGGUUUUGUCUUUAAGAUUGUGCUCAUGUAGUAUCAGACAUUAAAGGACUUGGUGAUUUAUGCUGCAAGUUUACAGCAACUGAAGAAUGUAGAGAAAAGAACGCUGUGCCCAUGAAAAACAUGCACCUUACGCCAAAUUCUGUGUGUGUCUUCUUUGUUUAAAGUGUCAUUAUUUUCUGUGUUCAAGACUCGCACGAUUAGUUUGCCUUUUUUAUGCAACAUUAGCUGCCUCCCACAGAAAAGCAGAAGAGGAAAAACUGUCUGCUGCUGCUUUGACUAAAGUGUAACAUUGUUGGAAUUCAUGAAAAAUGAAAGCAAAUGCAUGCAUGUUUUCAAAAUAUUCAUUUGGGUAGAUUUUGUCUUUGUUGCCUUUAAAUUAUUUCUUGCCUUCUUUAUUUGUUGGUCCUCACUACAGCUGUUAAUAAAUUGCAGAAUAUUAA